CAUGGUGGUAGGUAGCUGAGUUUUGGGGCUAAGGUAGGCUCCCAAAAGCCAUACAAAUAACUCUCCCUCCUACCCAACAGAGAGGGGGAGCAGUGACUGUGAGCAGAAAGCAGAGAGCAGAGACAAGAGUGCAGAGAUGGCGACUGUGAAGAAUAAGCAAGUGGUGCUGAAGAGGUACGUGGAAGGGACGCCCAAGGAGACGGACAUGGAGGUGCAGCAGAGCAGCCGCAGCGGUCUCACCGCGCCAAAGGGCUCCUCGGCUUUCCUCGUCAAGAACCUCUUUCUCUCCUGCGACCCUUACAUGUUCCGCCGCAUGCGGCAGUACUAUGGCUCUUACAUACCCCCUUUUGUCCCCGGUCAGCCCAUCGAAGGGUUCGGCGUGGCCAGAGUUAUCGAUUCCGAUGACCCGGCGUUCAAGCCCGGGGAUAUCGUCUCGGGGACCACUGGGUGGGAGGACUACAGCUUGAUCCGUAAACACGAGCAGCUGAGGAAGAUUGACCCGCACCUCGGCGUCCCCCUCUCCUACCAUCUCGGCCUCCUAGGAAUGCCGGGAUUCACAGCAUAUGCUGGAUUCUACGAGGUGUGCUCCCCGAAAAAGGGGGAAACAGUUCUCGUCUCGGCGGCUUCUGGAGCAGUUGGACAGCUUGUCGGCCAAUUCGCCAAGUUGCACGGUUGCUAUGUAGUCGGGAGUGCCGGUUCGAGCCAGAAGGUUGAUUUGUUGAAGAACAAGCUUGGAUUCGAUGAAGCUUUCAACUACAAAGACGAGCCGGACCUUGAUGCAGCUUUAAAAAGGUACUUUCCUCAAGGGAUCGACAUCUACUUUGACAACGUGGGGGGAUACAUGCUUGACGCAGCACUUCUCAACAUGCGGGUGAACGGGCGAAUAGCAGUGUGUGGGAUGGUAUCACAGCAUGCCCACUCCGACCAUCGGGGGAUUCACAAUCUGUACAACCUCAUCUCGAAGCGAAUAACAAUGAAAGGGUUCCUGCAGAGUGACUACCUGCACCUGUUCCCGCGCUUUGUCGAGCACGCCGUGGAACAAUACUGCCGAGGAAACAUCACUUACAUUGAGGACCUCUGUGAGGGAUUGGACAGUGCUCCGGCUGCAUUUGUCGGUCUCCUUUCCGGGAAGAAUGUCGGAAAGCAGGUCAUAUGUGUAGCCCGUGAAUGAAAGGUCUCAUCUCACCGAGGUUAAUAAUGCGAGCUGUGCUUUCGAUAUUCGCCCUCUCAGCUGUUGGAAAUCCGAAAGACAGUUGGCCUUCAUGAACCAAAUGAUGAUUUUUAUUCAACGAGUCAUAUUCAUGUUAACUACUAGCUAAUUUAUCGAGAUUUUGCUUCCAAUGUCCAAAUCAAAAUAUUUUCUUCAGAAUGUC